AUGGUGCAGGUGGAGCUAAGCAACUGUCAUCAAAUUACUUCACUGCCACCACUCGGACGAUUAAAGUCAUUAAAAAAGUUGAGCAUAAAAGGUUCAAGUAGAGUAAAAGAAGUGGGUGUUGAGUUUUAUGAGGAUGAUUCAUGUUUUUCUUGUUUGGAAAUGCUAGAGAUUGUUAAUAUGGGUAAGUGGAAGCAGUGGGCUUGGUCAAAUGGUCUGGGUGAAGAUUCUGUGGUAAAAUUUCCUAAGCUGCAUGAACUUCGACUACAUAAUUGUCCCAAGUUGGUUGGAAAAUUGCCCAACUUCCUUCCUUCCCUGGAAAAACUUGUUAUUAAUAAUUGCCCGCUCUUGGUUGAAUUACCAAAAGUUCUCCCAUCACUUACAGCACUCUCUAUUAGAAGUUGUCGAGGGCCAAUUCUCAAGAGUUUGAUUAAUUCCACCUCUCUUACUAGUUUAAAGCAUUUGCAAAUUAUAGAAUGUCUUGAGCUUGCAUCAUUGGUAGAUGGAGAAGAAGAGCUAUUGCCAUGCAGUCUUGAAGUUUUGGAGGUAGAUAUGUGUCCAAAUCUGAAGGAGUUGCCAAGUGGACUGAAAGACCUCAAAUCUCUCAAAGAUUUGAGAAUAAGCCAAUGUAGAAGUUUAGUCUCCUUCCCAGCAGGGGGUUUGCCGCACAACUUGAUAUGUCUUAGUCUGCAAAACUGUGGAGCUUUGGAGUCUCUUCCGGAGGGGAUUGUGUCUCACAGUAAAUACAGCAGCGACACGUCUCAUCUCGAGAAGUUGCGUAUCUCUGGAUGUAAAUCUCUGAGGUCCUCUUCAAAUGGAAAGUUUCCUGAUUUCCUGAAGACCCUGGAAAUCCACAACUGGACAACACAAUUAUUAAACUCGCUAUAUUAUGGGCUUUCUCAUCUUACAGAUUUGCAAAUAUGGAACUGUCCACAAUUAGAAUCCUUUCCUGGGAAGGAAUUGCCCAUCCCUUCUCUUAUCUCUUUAAAAAUCGCUGGCUGUGAAGCAUUGAGGUCUCUAUCCAAUCAUAUGCAGAACCUCCAGAGUCUGCAACAGUUAGAAAUAGGCAACUGUCCUCGAUUAGAGUUGUUCCCAGAGAUGGGAUUGCGCAAUCCCAAGCAUGUCUCUUUCGAAAUUCAUCGGUGCAAAAAUUUGAAGUCUCUGCCCAAUCAGAUGCAAAGCCUCACUUCCCUCCAAUCUAUAAAUAUGUCAGAUUGUGGAGCAGCUAUAGAGUGCUCAAUAGAAUGUUUACCUCCAAACCUAACUAUGCUUUCCAUGGGUGCAUGCUUGAAUCUGAAACAGCCAAUGCUAGAGUGGGGACUCCACAGGCUCACCUCUCUCAGAAAAUUGGGCAUUGGCAGCAUGAAGUCAAGUGGAGAUAUUAUUUCCUUCCCAGAUGAUGACGGCUUUCUGCUUCCCACUUCUCUUACCCACCUCUUCAUUGCUGGAUUCAAGAAUCUAAAAUCCAUAUCCAUGGGUAUCCAAAAGCUCACCUCUCUUGAAAAAUUGGAAAUUUGGAGGUGCACAAAACUGCAGUCCUUCCCAGCUGAGGGCUUCCCUGCUACACUUGAAUGCCUAUGUAUUGACAACUGCCCUCUGCUUCGGGAUCAUUGCUUAAAAGAAAAAGGGGGACACUACUGGCCUAUCAUUUCUCAUAUCCCCCGCGUUGUUAUACGCAAUUAA